AUGGGUUAUACUGUUGCCAAGACCAACCAGGGCUACAAGGCUGCAUACGAGGAACGCUUCGAAAAAUACAGCUGGUCGGCUGGCGCCUCUGCUCUGUUCUACUUCAGCAAUCCCGAUGGCAACGAAGAGCAAGGCGUGCGCAUCGAAGCCCCUGAGAUCUUGAAGGAGUUCAUCGACAACGUUGCCUACGGAAGAGAUCCCGUCGGUACCUUGUUCUACAACAACAUUGACGAUAUCAGAGGGAAGACGAAGUACAAUGUGAUCUACAGCGAUACCUCUGUGAAGGACGAGAACGCGGCUGUCAUCGUUCAGUUCUUUGGCAGCAAUGAGAAUCAGGGCAAUUUUUAUGCUGAGUUUGUCGGCAGAGAUCCGGCGCGCACUGUCUGGUGGAUCGUGGACGGUACGACGCACAAGGGAGGGGAGUGGCAUCCCCUCAAACUCACAACGAGCACUGCGUUUGUCGGAAAGAAAAGCAAUGAAAACAAAGUCAAUAUCACCCUCGCUGCCAUCGGUAAACAAGUUUCGUUCGACCUCCCUGCUGGGUACGGCACCGGAAAAAAUAUUUCCGUCUGGGGCAAUCUGUCUACCAACGACAUCAAAAAGAUCAAGAAGGGCACUAGAUCAGUCGUCGAUUAUAACAACGAUCGAAUUCUCUUUUACCCUCAGAAUAGGAGUAAAGACCUGACGGCCGUUUUCAUCCCUCUUGAAACCAAAGAUUCAGACGCGACGGCUCUUGGAAACUUCCGAUGGGUGUCGCCGGACGAGGCCGCUCUUUGGGACGACUACGAUGGGGAUGAUAAUUAA